ACAACAACCACCCACUACCACAGCCCAUCCUCAUCCUCAUCUUCAUCCUCAUCCUCAUCCUCGAAUCCUCGAAUCCCAUCAUCUCAUCCCAGCCCAAGUCCAGCUCAGCCCACAGCCGCACUCCUUCUCCUUCAAUAACAGUAAUUCCCAUUAUCCAUCCCCCCCCCCUCCAACGACAACCCCCAUCCCUCUUCAACUUUUCAACGACAACCCCCAUCCCCCUCUUCAACCUUUCAAUUCAACAACAACAACCCCAUCCCCCUCCUCCACUCAUACCCACACCUAUCCCACCCUAAACCCACCACCCUGAAUUGGUCCUGCGGCUGUCAACAUCUGACACAAAGCUGACCUCUUCUCCCCCUCCCGCCCGACUCCCGCCUUUGAACACUCCUACCACUACCCACACUCGCUCUUCUUUUGUUCCUCUACAUCCUCUCCUCUCCCCCCCCCCCCAACCUCCUUCUCCUCCCUCCUCGCGCCCUUUCCUUCUUAAUGAGUUCUACCAGCUCGCGCUUCAAAGGAUUCGGCUUCGGAUCAAAGCGCAAAUCGCCCGCAGGUCCAGGCAUCCCACCACCAACCCAGCCGUCGCCGCUCCAGCAGCAACGACAACCGCCGCAACAGCAGCAGCAGCCCCUCCCACCCCAACAGCAACUGCCACAUAACCCCCAACUCGCCGGCCAGCCCGUCCGCCCCGGCCCCCUCUCCCAAUCAAGCUCCUCGAGCAGCCUCGUCAUGAACCAGCACCCAGGCGCCGGUCCUCGCCCACCGAGCUACACGGGUUAUCCGCCUGGCGUCGCGCAGGGCAGAGCAGGAAGCCCGAACAUGGUCCCAGGGAACCCGUGCACGCCGCCGUCGCAGGUCCUUGGUGGUCUGCCACCUAUCAAUACCGCUCCAGGGGGUUAUCCCCAGCAGCAACAGCAGCAUAUGGGGGCUCCGUCGCAGCUCCCUGGCGGUCCGCCGGGGUAUGGUGGACAGCAGCCUUAUGCCCCGCAGGGUGGUAUGGUGCCUGCGCCGUAUACGAGGAAUAACGCAGUGGAGGUGGAAGGUGCGGGGAGAAGCAAAUCGCAGCUGAUUGUUGGUAUUGAUUUUGGUACUACUUUCUCCGGCGUGGCUUUUGCCUUCAUCUCGAAUGAUAAUGCCGAGCCGAAGGAGGAUAUUAUUACGGAGUGGCCUGGUGCGGGUAUAUACACGAAGCAGAAGAUCCCCACCGUCCUCUACUAUGACCAGUACCAAAAGGUCGUCGGCUGGGGCCCCGACAUCGCCGACGCGUUGGCGCCAACCGGCUACCCCAAGCCCGGCGUCCAAAAGGUCGAGUGGUUCAAGCUGCAACUGAUGCUCUCCGGAAACACCUACAUCGACCCGAUCAACCUCCCCCCGCUUCCCCCCGGGAAGUCCGAGAUCGACGUCGCCGCCGACUACCUCUUCAAGCUGCGCCAGGCCAUGCGCAACCAGCUGCAGAAGUCCCUCGGCGAGGUCUUCAACCGCGAGGAGCGAAACAUCAAGUACUUCCUCACCGUCCCCGCCAUCUGGAACGACGCCGGAAAGGCCGCCACGCGCGCCGCCGCCAUCCAGGCCGGGUUCCUGCGCGAUGAGAACGAUAACCGCCUCACCCUGAUCACCGAGCCCGAAGCCGCCGCGAUGUUCUGCGCCAAAGCCGGACUACUAAACCUCAAGGUGCACGACGCGAUCCUGAUCGUCGACUGUGGUGGUGGAACCGUCGAUCUGAUCGCCUACGAAGUCGAAGAGGAGUCCCCCUUCACAGUCGCCGAGUGCACCGCCGGCUCCGGCGACAGCUGCGGCUCCACGGCCCUCAACCGUAACUUCAGCAACAUCCUUCGCACCAAGAUCCGCAAGAUGAAACUCCCCGAGGGAUCCCGCACCGCCGGGCGCGUGUACGCAAAGUGCAUCAUGGACUUUGAGAAUCGCAUCAAGGCGGAUUUCAGGAAUAAUAACCAGAAGUGGGCUGUUGAUGUUGGGAUCGAGGCUGAGUUCCCCGAUGCGGGGAUUGAGGAGGGGUACAUGACUUUUACCAACGAGGAGAUCUUGCAGUGUUUCGAGCCGGUUGUUAACCGCAUCUUGGAGUUGGUGAGGAACCAGAUUAUUGCGAUCCAGGCGCAGAAUCGCACUCUGCAGAAUGUCCUUGUGGUGGGAGGGUUUGGAGCCAGCGAAUACCUGUUCCAGCAGAUCAAACUCCACGUCCCCCCGCAGUUCCAGGCUAAGGUCGUCAGACCCAUGGACUCCGUCGCCGCCAUCGUCAAGGGUGCCGUCACAGCCGGUAUCUCGGAGCGCGUCGUCACAUCCCGUGUAGCGCGCCGUCACUACCUCAUGGCUACGCUGCAGCCGUUUAAGGAGGGGCACCAUCCGGAGGCGUAUAGGGUGCCCAGUUUGGAUGGGAAGGAUAGGUGUAAGUUCACAAGGCAGAUCUUUGUGCAGAAGGGGCAGAGGGUAAAGAUUGGGGAGCCGGUGAAGGUGUCGUUCUUUAGGCAGGUGGCGCCGGGGGCGACGCUGAUGUAUGAGGAUAUUUUGUAUGCCUGUGAUGAUGAGAUUUGUCCGGAGUAUACGAAGGAUCCCAGAGUCAAGGAAGUCGUAACACUCACAUCCGACCUCUCGCGCAAGAACCUGGAGAAGGACUUUGAGCGCAUGGAUACCCCCCAGGGAACCUUCUACCGCGUGUACUUUGACAUCUACCUCACGCUCGAUGGCUCGGAAUUCAAUGCUGAGCUGGUUUGUCAGGGUGAGGUGAUGGGGAGGUGUACGUCGAGGUUCCGUUAAGUGGUUGAGUGCUUCAGUGCUGUGGUGGUUGUGGUUGUGGUUGUGGUUUGGUUGUGGUUGUGUCGUGGUGAAGCGGGGGUGGAAAAGGGGAAGAUGGGAAGAAAUACCAGCUCGGGGAGGUAGUUGAGAAAAAUAGGGAGUCAAUCUAUUGAUUUUGAUUCUGAGGGGGGUAUAAAUGGAAAAGAGGAUUGCGGAUUCACGACCAUACGUUCCAGUUGGGAUCGAAGCAAUGAGCUGGACAGAUGGAGACGGAGAUGUGGAUGAAAGAGGUAGUUAGAGAAAUUUUACAUUUGCCCAACGAGCGAGCGAGAAGCGGGGAUUUUUUCUAUCUGGCUUUUUUGCUUUUAUUUUUGAUGGGCUUGGGGAUAAGGGGGCGGUUUGGCUUGGUUUGGUUUGAGCGAAGGAGAAGGGGGUUUGGAGAUUGGAGAUACAUCGGCUGGGCGUUUUUACGAUUUCUCUUAAAAAAUAUGACAGUUAAAUGGAAAGGUUGUCUUUAAACAUAACGUAUAUAUGAACGAGUGUGUCAAAGUAUGUGGUGAAUGUGUAUAAUGGAGUUUUGAGUGGUGUGUAGUACGCAUAAGAACGAGGAGCGCGAGGUGAUCAUGAUCCCCACAGACGGCGAAACUACGGGAUAUGUCAUAUUUAAACGUCACGCCGUUUACAGCUCUGUGAUUAGUUGGGUCUCAACGUGUAUUCUC